UCAAGUUUUACACGUGAAAUGUGUAUGUGACGUCCCAGUCUCUACGAUGAAAUUUUCGUGGAGAAUUUUUCAGACAGAAAGACCUAUCUUAUCAUUAGCAUUGAGUACAGAAACGUUAUUUUUUCUAGCAGCAGGAUUUAACACAAGUGCUACAAAAUGACAGGCGGGAGUAAAUUAGCAACACCAUCAUCAGCUGAUUCCUUUUGGUUUAAAUAUGUCCUGUCAUCUAUUGCAGCAGUUUGUGCAGAAACAGCUACAUACCCUCUAGACUUGACCAAGACCCGCCUGCAAAUUCAGGGAGAGAAAGCGGGGGAUGGAGCUCUCAUGGCCAAACGAGGAAUGGUCAGCACAGCAUUAGGGAUAGUCCGUGAAGAAGGAGUACUCAGUCUUUAUCAGGGAUUACAACCAGCUUUAAUUCGCCAUAUAGUGUACACAGGUAGCCGGAUGUCAAUUUAUGAAUUAUUCAGGGAACACAUUCUACAAAGAGAGGCUGAUGGCAGCUUCCCAGUAUGGAAGGCAUCACUAGGAGGCCUGAUUGCUGGAGCUCUGGGACAGCUGAUAGCCAGUCCAACUGACCUCAUUAAAGUCCAGAUGCAGAUGGAGGGAAGAAGAAAAUUGGAGGGGAAACCUCCAAGAGUGAAAGGGUUUUUUGAUGCAUUUCAAAAAAUAGUGGCAGAAAGUGGUGUUAAAGGCCUAUAUCGAGGAGUGGUCCCCAAUGUACAGAGGGCAGCACUGGUUAACAUGGGAGAUUUAUGUACUUAUGAUACAGCCAAGCAGAAUAUUUUACGUUACACUGAUCUCAAAGAUAAUUACGUCACACAUUCCUUAGCAAGUGCCUGUUCAGGUCUAGUAGCAGCCACCUUUGGGACACCAGCUGAUGUUGUCAAAACGAGAAUAAUGAACCAGCCAACCAAAAAUGGAAAGGGAUUGCUAUACACCGGUUCAGUAGACUGUCUGAUUAAAACAUCCUCACAGGAAGGUGUGAUGGCUCUAUACAAAGGAUUCAUCCCCAUCUGGUUACGAAUGGCACCCUGGUCCCUGUGUUUUUGGUUGUCCUUUGAGAAGAUCCGUCAGCUAGCAGGGGCUUCCUCAUUUUGAUUUAAUAGUUUUAGUGAUUAAUCAGUAUUUAUUCAGGCCAUGCCAUAAAUCCUGCCCACCACAUACUUGCUUUUAUUAGCUCACCUGAGCUGAAAGCUCUACAAGUGAGCUUUUCUGAUCAUAAUUUAUCUGGCCUCUGUCUGUCCAUCUAUCUGUUAACUUUUCACAUUUUCAACUUCUUCCCAAGAACCACUGGACCAAUUUCAACCAAACUUGCCACAAAGUAAAGGGGAUUUGCAUUUGUGCAAAUGAAGGACCACACCCUUUCAAGGGGAGACAAUUUAGAAUUAGUGAAAAUUUAAUGGCAUCUUUUAAAAAUCUUCUCAAGAACCACUGGACCAGAAAAGAAGAACCUUUGGUGCAAGCUUAAUUACAUAGUGCAGAACGUUUAUUCAAAUCAUGACCCCCUGAGGUUGGGUGAGGCAACAAUGGGUGAUAUUAGAUUUACAUUUGAAUAUGUAGGAAACAUCUUCUCAAGAACAGCAAAACCGUAAGGCAUAUUUAUAUGGAAGCAUCCUCAUGUAGUGUAGGUUCAGGUUUGUUCAAAGGUAUGGCCACAGUGGGCAUAGGGCCACAAAGGGCAAUCAAAGUUUUACAGAGUAAUACAUAAGAAAAACAUUUAAAAUUCUUCAAGAACAGCAAAGCCAUGUAUGGAAGCAUCCUCAGUUAUUGUAGAUUCAAGUUUGUUCUAAUCGUAACCCCCGGGGGUAAGAUGGGGCCACAAUGGGUGAUCAAAUUUUUACAUAGGAAUAUAUUUGAAAAAAUCUUCAAAAAAAAAAGAAAAUUUCUCUACAACAGCAAAGCCAUGAUAAGGCGUAUUUAUAAUGAAUCAUCCUCGGGUAGUGUAGAUUCAAGUUUGUUCAAAUCAUGACCCCCAGAGGGCAGGGCAGGGCCACAACAUGUGAUCAAAAUUUUACAUAGGAAUAUAUAUGAAAAUCUUUUAAAAAUCUUCUUCUCAACAACAGCAAAGCCACGAUUAGUCAUAUUUAUAUGAAAGCAUCCUGAGGUUGUGUAGAUUCUAGUUUGUUCAAAUCAUGACCCACAGGGGUAUGGUGGGCCCACAAAAAGUGAUCAAAUUAGGAAUAGGUAAGGGCAAAAAUCUGCUGAUGAAGAACAGCAGGACCUUUGUUACUCAGGUGAGUGCUAUGGCCCAUGGUCCUCUGUUUAAUGUUAGUGUACUUUGUUUUGACUAGAAAUUUUAAGAACAUGACAAUCAUCAACUAGUAUUGCAAUUGAAAGAACUUUUGAAAUAUCUAUAUACAGUCAAACCUCGUUAUCUCUAACUCAUUGGGACCAAGAAAAACCUUCCAGAUAUCCGAAGAUUCGAAGCACCGAGGUUAAAAUACAAUUAGAAAAUAGUGGUUGGGAAUUUCAAAUCACUUCGACAUAUCCAUGGUAUUCAAGAUAUUGGAUUUGGAGAUAACAAAGUUUAACUGUAUCUUCAAUGAGAGAGAGAUAUAUUUUAGCAAACAUUCUACAUAUAAAAUGUCAAGUUUUCUUCCUGUCCUCAAGUUAUGUAUUGUAAUAUAUAAGUGACUGUGUGUUCAGUUGGGUUGAUUACAGUGUCACAGUCAGUCAGUCUGAAAAUAUUCAUUUUUAUGACUAGUCAGUGGCAGUAUUCAAUGUAAGUAUUUGUUUUGAAUGAAUUUUAGUAACUAACAACUUUGAUUAAAAACAUAUGUCAUAUUCAUUAUUGAUUUGCGAGUAUAAAUGUACUUGAGCAUUUCUGGUCAUGUGUGCAACUUUUCAUUGUGUCAAUAAGGUUGUGUAACAUGAUGAAUAUUGACAAUGAUUUGUUAGAUUUAUCUUAUAAAAUGAUUUAUUUACACAUAAAUGAUGCUGUGUGUUUUAAAAACAAGCAAUGCAUGUACAUGUACUAUAUAUUGAUAAAUAAAGUAUAGAAUGGUU